CUUCUUGCGAUUAAAUAGGCAAAUCAGGAUUUGUAGAAGAAGCCUUGAGAUCAAAGAGAGAGAGAGAGAGAGUGACACAGGAUAGUCUGUGAGCAUCUCUUUUUUUUUUUUUUUAAGUAGAUUGGGUUGUUCGAAGAUGCCGUAUUGAAUCGGCGAACAAAUUUUUCCAAUUGAAUUUUGUAAUCUCUCAUCUGUGUGUCGGUGGCUGCUGCUAUGGAGCCCAGUUCCGGCUUGGUUGCUGGAUCCUACCGGAGAAACGAGCUUGUUCGGAUCCGACAUGAAUCUGACGGAGGGACCAAACCUUUGAAGAAUACCAAUGGCCAGAUUUGUCAGAUCUGUGGUGAUGAUGUUGGACUAGCUGAAACUGGGGAUGUUUUUGUCGCUUGUAAUGAAUGUGCUUUCCCUGUGUGUCGACCUUGCUAUGAGUACGAGAGGAAAGAUGGAACUCAGUGCUGCCCGCAAUGCAAGACUAGAUACAGACGACACAGGGGGAGUACUCGUGUUGAAGGAGAUGAAGAUGAGGAUGACGUUGAUGAUAUCGAGAAUGAGUUCAAUUACGCCCAAGGAGCUAACAAGGCCAGACACCAACGCCAUGGCGAAGAGUUUUCUUCUUCCUCUAGACAUGAAUCUCAACCAAUUCCUCUUCUCACUCAUGGCCAUGCGGUUUCUGGGGAGAUUCGCACGCCUGAUACACAAUCCGUGCGAACUACAUCAGGUCCUUUGGGUCCUUCUGACAGGAAUGCUAUUUCAUCUCCAUAUAUUGACCCACGGCAACCUGUCCCUGUAAGAAUUGUGGAUCCGUCAAAAGACUUAAACUCUUAUGGGCUUGGAAAUGUUGACUGGAAAGAAAGAGUUGAAGGCUGGAAGCUGAAGCAGGAGAAGAGUAUGUUACAGAUGACUGGUAAAUACCAUGAAGGGAAAGGAGGAGAAAUCGAAGGGACUGGUUCCAAUGGCGAAGAACUCCAAAUGGCUGAUGAUAAACGGCUUCCUAUGAGCCGUGUGGUGCCUAUCCCAUCUUCUCGCCUAACCCCUUAUCGGGUUGUGAUCAUUCUCCGGCUUAUCAUCUUGUGUUUCUUCUUGCAAUAUCGUACAACUCACCCUGUGAAAAAUGCAUAUCCUUUGUGGUUGACCUCGGUUAUCUGUGAGAUCUGGUUUGCAUUUUCUUGGCUUCUUGAUCAGUUUCCCAAAUGGUACCCCAUUAACAGGGAGACAUAUCUUGACCGUCUCACUAUAAGAUAUGAUCGAGAUGGUGAACCAUCACAGCUCGUUCCUGUUGAUGUAUUUGUUAGUACAGUGGACCCAUUGAAAGAGCCUCCACUUGUUACAGCGAACACAGUUCUCUCGAUUCUUGCUGUGGACUAUCCGGUAGAUAAAGUAGCUUGCUAUGUUUCAGAUGAUGGUGCAGCUAUGCUUUCCUUCGAAUCCCUAUCUGAAACCGCUGAGUUUGCAAAGAAAUGGGUACCAUUUUGCAAGAAAUUCAACAUUGAACCUAGGGCCCCUGAAUUUUAUUUUGCCCAGAAGAUAGAUUACUUGAAGGACAAGAUCCAACCUUCUUUUGUUAAAGAGAGACGAGCUAUGAAGAGAGAGUAUGAAGAGUUUAAGGUGAGGAUAAAUGCUCUUGUUGCCAAAGCACAGAAAAUCCCUGAAGAAGGCUGGACAAUGCAGGAUGGUACUCCUUGGCCUGGUAACAACACUAGAGAUCAUCCUGGAAUGAUUCAGGUGUUCUUAGGCCAUAGUGGGGGUCUGGAUACCGAUGGAAAUGAGCUGCCUAGACUCAUCUAUGUUUCUCGUGAAAAGCGGCCUGGAUUUCAACACCACAAAAAAGCUGGAGCUAUGAAUGCUUUGAUUCGUGUUUCUGCUGUUCUUACCAAUGGAGCAUAUCUUUUGAAUGUGGAUUGUGAUCAUUACUUCAACAACAGCAAGGCUAUUAAAGAAGCUAUGUGUUUCAUGAUGGACCCUGCUAUUGGUAAGAAGUGCUGCUAUGUCCAGUUCCCACAACGUUUCGACGGUAUUGAUUUCCACGAUCGAUAUGCCAACAGGAAUAUUGUCUUCUUUGAUAUUAACAUGAAGGGGUUGGAUGGUAUCCAAGGUCCAGUAUAUGUGGGUACUGGUUGUUGUUUUAAUAGACAGGCUCUAUAUGGGUAUGAUCCUGUUUUGACGGAGGAAGAUCUAGAACCAAAUAUUAUAGUGAAGAGCUGUUGCGGCUCAAGGAAGAAAGGAAAGAGUAACAAGAAGUAUAACUAUGAAAAGAAGAGAGGCAUCAACAGAAGUGACUCCAAUGCUCCACUUUUCAAUAUGGAAGACAUCGAUGAGGGUUUUGAAGGUUAUGAUGAUGAGAGGUCUAUUCUAAUGUCCCAGAAGAGUGUAGAGAAGCGUUUUGGUCAGUCGCCGGUAUUUAUUGCAGCAACCUUCAUGGAACAAGGCGGCAUUCCACCAACAACUAAUCCUGCUACUCUUCUGAAGGAGGCUAUUCAUGUUAUCAGUUGUGGUUACGAGGACAAGACUGAAUGGGGAAAAGAGAUUGGUUGGAUCUACGGUUCCGUGACGGAAGAUAUUCUUACUGGGUUCAAGAUGCAUGCCCGCGGUUGGAUAUCAGUCUACUGCAAUCCUCCUCGCCCUGCGUUCAAGGGAUCUGCACCAAUCAAUCUUUCUGAUCGUUUGAACCAAGUUCUUCGAUGGGCAUUGGGAUCUAUUGAGAUUCUUCUUAGCAGACAUUGUCCUAUCUGGUAUGGCUACCAUGGAAGGUUGAGACUCUUGGAGAGAAUAGCUUACAUCAACACCAUCGUCUACCCUAUUACAUCCCUCCCUCUUAUCGCGUAUUGUAUCCUUCCGGCUUUUUGCCUUAUCACCGACAGAUUCAUCAUACCCGAGAUAAGCAACUACGCGAGUAUUUGGUUUAUUCUACUCUUUAUCUCAAUUGCUGUGACUGGAAUCCUGGAGCUGAGAUGGAGCGGUGUGAGGGUGUCUCUUAUGCUGUAAACAGCGGGUACCAAUCGUGGGGUCCUCUUUUCGGGAAGCUCUUCUUCGCCUUAUGGGUUAUUGCCCAUCUCUACCCUUUCUUGAAAGGUCUGUUGGGAAGACAGAACCGAACACCAACCAUCGUCAUUGUCUGGUCUGUUCUUCUUGCCUCCAUUUUCUCGUUGCUUUGGGUCAGGAUCAAUCCCUUUGUCGACGCCAAUCCCAAUGCCAACAACUUCAACGGCAAAGGAGGUGUCUUUUAGACCCUUAUUUAUAUACGUGUGUGUGCAUAUAUCGAAAACGUGCAAUGGAACAUUUCAAAAACCCAAAACCCAGUGAACCAGGCUGUUGUGGUGAUUCCAUGUCUAAGUUUAGCUUUAUCUGAAUAGCCAGAGAGUUGUAGAAUUGUUCCGACACUGUUGUGAUGAUUUAUAACUUUCGCAGUGGGGAAAAAAGAUGUGGAAAACCAAAUGAUACAUAGUCUACAAAAGUUCGUUAUUCUUUGUUAUAUUUAUUUUAUUUAAAGCUUGUUAGACUCACACUUCUGUAAUGUUGGAGCUUUGCUGUUGUCCCAAUGGAAUUGGAGUUUUAUUUGUCUAAAAUAUUGGGAGUUUGUAUGCUAA